UUUUAAAUAUCCCAUGUUGUUUGGGGUGACAUGAGGGUCUGCUGUAAAUACAUUUGCAUGUAAAAGUAUGUAAACCUUUUAAAUGAUAAAUGGGAUGUACUUUUAUAGCGCUUUUCUACCUUCAAGGUACUCAAAGCGCUUUGACACUACUUCCACAUUUACCCAUUCACACACACAUUCACACACUGAUGGAGGGAGCUGCCAUGCAAGGCGCUAACCAGCACCCAUCAGGAGCAAGGGUGAAGUGUCUUGCUCAAGGACACAACGGACGUGACGAGUGAGGUGAAGUUAUGACGAUGGAGAAUGGACAGGGGGCAGGCACCAAGCUUGGCCUGCCGCCACUCACCCCGGAACAGCAAGAGGCGCUGCAGAAGGCAAAGAAGUAUGCCAUGGAACAGAGCAUUAAGAGUGUAUUGGUGAAGCAGACCAUUGCCCAUCAGCAACAGCAGCUCACCAAUCUGCAGAUGGCAGCAGUGACUAUGGGCUUUGGAGAUCCUCUCUCACCUUUACAAUCGGUGGCAGCUCAGCGGCAACGUGCUCUAGCCAUCAUGUGUCGGGUGUAUGUGGGCUCCAUUUACUAUGAGCUUGGCGAGGACACCAUCAGACAGGCCUUUGCUCCCUUCGGCCCAAUCAAGAGCAUUGACAUGUCUUGGGAUUCUGUAACAAUGAAGCACAAGGGUUUUGCCUUUGUGGAGUAUGACGUACCAGAAGCUGCUCAGCUGGCUCUCGAGCAGAUGAACUCCGUCAUGUUGGGUGGGCGAAACAUUAAGGUUGGGCGGCCAAGUAACAUCGGUCAGGCGCAACCCAUCAUUGACCAGCUGGCAGAGGAAGCGCGCGCUUUUAACCGCAUCUACGUGGCCUCGGUGCAUCCUGACCUGUCAGAUGAUGACAUCAAAAGUGUGUUUGAGGCUUUUGGGAGGAUCAAAUCUUGUACAUUAGCCAGGGACCCCACUUCAGGACGACACAGGGGCUUUGGCUUCAUUGAGUAUGAAAAGCCACAGUCGGCCGUUGAUGCUGUGUCUUCUAUGAACCUCUUUGACCUGGGGGGUCAAUACCUACGGGUGGGCAAAGCAGUGACCCCUCCUAUGCCCCUCCUAACUCCCACAACCCCUGGUGGUCUGCCUCCUGCAGCGGCUGUGGCCGCCGCGGCAGCCACUGCCAAGAUAACGGCCCAGGCAAGUAUGAAUCCCUUCCAAAGGGAUUUAAUGGCCUUCCAGGAGGCUGUAGCUGGCGCAUCAGUCCUGGGGGCGUUAGCGGCGCCCCAGCUUCUUAGUCAGCAAAUGGGAAUACCGCAGGCUGUUAUGGCUGCGCAGGCACCCGGGGUUAUCACAGGUGUGACUCCGGUGCGUCCCCCAAUACCAGUACUUCCCCAGGUGGGCCUGGUGAACCCUGUGCUUGCAUCGCCUCCAGUUCUGUCUAGUCAAGCCGGGGCUGCCCUCUUACAAGCAAAGAAGGAAGAGAAAGAGGAGACGCUACAGGAUGCUACAGGACAGGAGAUGUUGAGUGAUCAAGAGCACAUGAGCAUCUCGGGCAGCAGUGCCAGACACAUGGUCAUGCAGAAGCUGCUUAGAAAAUCAGAGUCCACAGUGAUGGUUCUUCGAAAUAUGGUUGGACCAGAAGACAUUGACGAUGACUUGGAAGGUGAGGUGACAGAAGAGUGUGGCAAGUUUGGCUCCGUCAACAAAGUCAUCAUCUAUCAGGAAAAGCAAGGAGAAGAGGAGGAUGCCGAGAUCAUUGUCAAGAUAUUUGUAGAGUUUUCCAUGGCAUCAGAAAUGAACAAAGCUAUUCAUGCCCUUAACGACCGCUGGUUUGGUGGUCGCAAAGUGGUGGCUGAGGUGUAUGACCAAGACCGGUUCAACGGCAGUGAUUAUUCUGCAUGAAGUGUGUUCACCAGCACAGUGCCCAUCUUCAUUCCUGUUGCCCAUCUAACUACUAUCGGCUACUUACUGCAGAUCCUGAUGGCAUCAUUGUAAUUAUUAGUUUUUUCAAUAUUUGCUUUGUGACCUGUAAAGAAUCCUCCUUGCAAAUACCACAUUUUUGUAACACGGUCUUGUUCAGUUUUCUUCAUUUACGUUUUUGUCAUUUAUUGCUCAGCCUUUGAACAUUGUUCUUUCUACAAUUAAAGGUUAUUUGUCCACAA